AGCAACUCAAGCAGUUGUCAUCUGCUCUCUUCCCCUUGAGGAGAGGGAUCAAGUGUUGAUUAGCAUGCUAAAAAUAUAAACCCUUGAUCAAGCCUACCUAGGUAACAUAAUCUCCUAAUUCUACUCAUCAACUCUCAUAUCAAAGCUAAGAUCUUCCAAUGGCUGGCCUGUCUCUUCAGCAUCCCUGGGCCUUUGCCUUCGGCCUCCUCGGCAACAUCAUCUCCUUCAUGACCUACCUGGCCCCACUGCCGACAUUCUAUCGGAUCUACAAGAACAAGUCGACGCAGAGUUUCCAGUCGGUGCCCUACGUGGUGGCACUGUUCAGCGCGAUGCUAUGGAUCUACUACGCGCUGCUCAAGUCCGACGAGUGCCUCCUCAUCACCAUCAACUCCGCCGGCUGCGUCAUCGAGACCCUAUACAUCGCUGUCUACCUCGCAUACGCGCCCAAGAAGGCCAAGCUGUUCACGGCGAAGGUCCUUCUUCUCCUGAACGUGGGCGUGUUCGGGCUAAUCCUCCUCCUCACGCUGCUGCUCACCGCCGGCAAGAAGCGCGUCGUCCUCCUGGGCUGGGUCUGCGUCGCCUUCUCCGUCAGCGUCUUCGUCGCGCCACUCAGCAUCAUCCGUCAGGUGGUGCGCACGAGGAGCGUGGAGUUCAUGCCCUUCUCGCUCUCCCUCUCCCUCACCGUCAGCGCCAUCGUCUGGUUCCUCUACGGCCUCCUCAUCAAGGACAAAUACGUCGCCCUGCCCAAUGUGCUCGGCUUCACCUUCGGGGUCAUCCAGAUGGGUCUCUACGCGAUCUACCGGAACGCUACGCCCAGGGUGCCAGCCAAGGAGGUAGCGGACGACAAGGAGGCAUCAGUGGCCGACGUCGUCAAAGCGCAUGAGCAUGUCGUGACCAUCGUCAAGCUCGGCGCGCCGUCCGUGGAGCUCAAGAGCUGCGACGAGGUGCACCCCGUCAGGUCCCCACCGACGGGGGAGGUCAAGCAGGAGAACGACGCAGCGGCAGCGAAGGAGGAGCAAAGCAACAAGAUGACGGAAAAACUGGGAAGCAACGCCGAGCAAGUGUAGAUGCGUGUAUCUGGGCCAUAAUUAAGGCUGCACCCUUCGUGCUUACCACACGAAGUGACCAAGCCAAGCUUGCUUCCAUGCAUGCAUACUUGCACACACAAACAUGCAAGUAAUGCAUGUGUGUUUGCUAUAGGGUCAUGUCCCGGUAUUGCUACAGACAGGGUUAUUUC